AUGGCACGAGAAAUUGAGGUCGACGUUCUGGUCAUUGGCGCUGGCCCAACCGGCCUGGGAGCUGCCAAACGACUUCAGCAACUUGAAUCUGCAUCCUGGCUCAUUGUCGAUCUCAACGAGACUCCCGGCGGCCUGGCCUCCACGGACGUCACCCCCGAAGGUUUCGUACGUUAUCCAUCUCCAACCUACCCAAUUCUAUGCAUCAAUUGGUUGACGAACUCUCGAACCUCUCCGGCUUUACGAUGUCGGCGGCAUGUUAUCUUCUCGCACUACAAAUACUUUGGCGACUGCCUCAACGAGGCGCUGCCCAAGCCGGACGACUGGUACGAGCACAAGCGCAUCUCCUACUGUCGGUACAAGGACCGCUGGGUGGCGUACCCCUUCCAGAACAGCAUCGCCGCGCUCGAUCCCGACGAGCAGGCGCUGUGUCUCGAGGGCCUCGUCGAGGCCUCGCUGCAGGCGCGCGCGCGUGACCCAGCCGACAAGCCCAAGACGUUUGACGAGUGGAAUCUUCGUGCCAUGGGCCACUACCUGAACGAUAUAUUUACGCGACCGUACAACUUCAAAGUCUGGGCCGUUCCUACGACCAUGAUGAAUGCGACUUGGCUUGGAGAGCGCGUUGCCGCCCCUAACCUCAAGUCUCUCACGUCUGAUGUUGUUCGGAACAAGGUCGCAGGCCCUUGGGGGCCCAAUGCCACGUUCCGCUUCCCUGCGCACGGCGGCACGGGUGGUAUCUGGAUUGCCUUGGCCAAGACUCUCGAGCAGCAGAACACAAAGUUUGGCAAACAUGCGACUGUGACCAAGGUCGAUGCUGAUGCCAAGGUGGUGCACCUCAAAGACGGCACCGUCAUCAAGUACGGCUCUCUUGUCUCAACCAUGGCUGUUGACCAUCUUGCACAAACCAUGAACGACACCAAGCUCCAGGACCUGUGCAAGCCGCUUUUCUACUCCUCCACCAACGUCAUUGGCAUCGGUAUCCGUGGCGAGCGCCCCGAGCGUAUCGGCGACAAGUGCUGGCUCUACUUUUCCGAAGACAACUGCCCAUUCUACCGCGCCACCGUCUUCUCCAACUACUCCCCCAACAACCAGCCCGAGGCCAGCGUCGAGCUUGCCACGAAGCAGUUCGCCGACGGCGGCAACCCGCGUCGUCAGACGCGAAACCGGCCCGUCAACCACGAGAUGCUCCUCGCCGAGACUCUCAAGGGUGCGCUGGCGACGGAUUUGCUGCGGCCCGAGGACGAGAUUGUGAGCACCUACGUGCGUCGCUCCGACCACGGCUACCCGACGCCGCACGUGGACCGCGACGGUGCGCUGGCCGAGAUCCUGCCAUAUCUCCAGGACAAGGACAUUCUGUCGCGCGGGCGUUUUGGGUCCUGGACGUACGAGGUCGGCAACCAAGAUCACAGCUUCAUGCUCGGCGUGGAGGCUGUUGACCGCAUCUUGUUUGGUAGCGUCGAGCUUACUCUGGGAUACCCCGACUUUGUCAACACCCGCGCCAACACUGAACGACGGCUUAAUAACAAGACAUUUGUCAAGCGAUAA